CGCUUCCCGGGAAGUUUCAAGUUUGAAAGUCCUGGCGGAGGGGCCGUGGCUUCCGGAACCCGAGCGGCCCCAGCGGCGCCAUGGAGGAGGGGGCGCCGCGGCAGCCUGGGCCGGGCCAGCGGCCUUCAGAGGAUGAGAAAGAGGCGAUCCGUCGGGCCAUCCAGAAGGAGCUGAAAAUCAAGGAAGGCAUGGAGAACCUGCGGCGGGUGGCCACAGACCGCCGCCACCUGGGCCACGUGCAGCAGCUGCUGCGCUCCUCCAACCGCCGCCUGGAGCAGCUGCAUGGCGAACUGCGGGAGCUGCACGCCCGCAUCCUGCUGCCUGGCCCCGGGCCUGGCCAGGCUGAACCUGUGGGCUUGGGCCCCCGGCCGCGGGCUGAGCAGCCAAGGGCACGGCACCUGGAGGCUCUACGGAGGCAGCUGCAGGUGGAGCUGAAGGUGAAGCAGGGGGCCGAGAACAUGACCCACACGUGUGCCAGUGGCACCCCCAAGGAGAAGAAGCUCCUGGCAGCCGCCCAGCAGAUGCUGCGGGACAGCCAGCUGAAGGUCGCCCUGCUGCGGAUGAAGAUCAGCAGCCUGGAGGCCAGUGGGUCCCCUGAACCAGGCCCUGAGCUGCUGGCGGAGGAGCUGCAGCACCGACUGCGCGUGGAGGCUGCUGUGGCCGAGGGCGCCAAGAACGUGGUGAAGCUGCUCGGUGGCCGAAGAACACAGGACCGCAAGGCGCUGGCCGAGGCCCAGGCCCAGCUCCAAGAGUCCUCCCAGAAACUGGACCUCCUUCGGCUGGCCCUGGAGCAGCUGCUGGAGGGCCUGCCACCUGCUCAUCCUCUGCGCAGCAGAGUGGCCCGGGAGCUGCGGACUGUGGUGCCUGGGAGCCCCCCACCCUCAGGGACACUUGUGAAGCCCACGGCCCUGACAGGGACACUGCAGGUCCGCCUCCUGGGAUGUGAGCAGCUGCUGACAGUUGUGCCGGGACGUUCUCCGGUGGCUGCACUGGCUGGAAGCCCCUCCGAGGGCUGGCUUCGGACCAGGGCAAGGCAACAGCGUGGUGGAGGCGAGCUGGCCCGCGAGGUGCUGGCUGUGCUGAAGGUGGACAACCGCACCGUGGGCCAGACAGGCUGGGGGCAGGUUGCCGAGCAGUCCUGGGACCAGACCUUUGUCAUCCCACUGGAGCGAGCCCGCGAGCUGGAGAUCGGGGUACGUUGGCGGGACUGGCGGCAGCUGUGUGGCAUGGCCUUCCUGAGGCUGGAGGACUUCCUGGACAAUGCCUGUCACCAACUGUCCCUCAGCCUGGUGCCACAGGGGCGGCUCUUCGCCCAGGUGACCUUCUGUGAUCCUGUCAUUGAGAGGCGGCCCCGGCUACAGAGGCAGAAACGCGUUUUCUCUAAACGCAGAGGCCAGGACUUCCUGAGGGCUUCCCAGAUGAACCUCAGCAUGGCGGCCUGGGGACGCUUGGUCAUGAGCCUGUUGCCCCCCUGCAGCUCCCCAAGCACGAUCAGCCCCCCAAAAGGGUGCCCUCUGACCCCGACUAUACCCCGGGGGGCCUCCGAUCCUGCCUCCCCCAGUAAUUUCCUGCCCAAGAAGACCCCCUUGGCAGAAGAGAUGAAGCCCCCACCCAAGCCCCCGCGCCUCUACCUGCCCCAGGAGCCGACCCCCGAGGAGACCCCGUGCAUCAAACGCCCCCACAUGGAGCCCAGGACUGGACUCGGGCCAUCUCCACCAGCCUCCCCUGCCAGGAAACCACCCCGACUUCAGGACUUCCGCUGCUUGGCCGUGCUUGGCCGAGGACACUUCGGGAAGGUCCUCCUGGUCCAGUUCAAGGGGACAGGGAAAUACUAUGCCAUCAAAGCACUGAAGAAACAGGAGGUGCUCGGCCGGGACGAGGUAGAGAGCCUGUACUGUGAGAAGCGGAUCCUGGAGGCUGUGGGCUGCACAGGGCACCCCUUCCUGCUCUCCCUUCUCGCCUGCUUCCAGACCUCCAGCCACGCCUGCUUCGUGACUGAGUUUGUGCCCGGUGGUGACCUCAUGAUGCAGAUCCACGAGGACGUCUUUCCUGAGCCCCAGGCCUGCUUCUACCUGGCCUGCGUGGUCCUGGGGCUACAGUUCUUACACGAGAAGAAGAUCAUUUACAGGGACCUGAAGUUGGAUAAUCUCCUGCUGGAUGCCCAGGGCUUCCUGAAGAUCGCAGACUUCGGGUUAUGCAAGGAAGGGAUUGGCUUUGGGGACCGGACGAGCACCUUCUGUGGCACCCCAGAGUUCCUGGCCCCCGAAGUGCUGACCCAGGAGGCGUACACUCGGGCUGUGGACUGGUGGGGGCUGGGCGUGCUGCUCUAUGAGAUGCUGGUGGGCGAGUGCCCAUUCCCAGGUGACACCGAGGAGGAAGUGUUUGACUGCAUUGUCAACGCGGAUGCCCCAUACCCCCGCUUUCUGUCGGUGCAGGGGCUCGAGCUCAUUCAGAAGCUCCUCCAGAAGUGCCCGGAGAAGCGCCUGGGGGCAGGUGAGCAGGAUGCUGAGGAGAUCAAGAUCCAGCCUUUCUUCAGGACCACCGACUGGCAGGCGCUGCUCGCCCGCACCGUCCGGCCCCCCUUCGUGCCCGCGCUCUGUGGCCCUGCGGACCUGCGCUACUUUGAGGGCGAGUUCACGGGGCUGCCGCCUGCCCUGACCCCUCCUGCGCCCCGCAGCGCUCUCAGUGCCCACCAGCAGGCCGCCUUCCGGGACUUUGACUUCGUGUCAGAGCGAUUCCUGGAGCCCUGAGGGCCGCUCCCGACGCCUCCGCCCCCUGCCCAGAUGGUUAAAGCCUGUGCUCGCCCAGCUGUGUGGCCCUGCACAGGCCCAGGCCUUUGCCUGCUAUUUAUGUGUCCUUGGGACUUAUGGUGGCAGCCACAGGGCUGCUGUCAGGGGCUUUGCUCAGCGUCACUGGACAAAGCGUGUCACUGCCCCCUCCUGCCCACCCCUCUGCCUCCCAGCGAGACCCGGGCCAGCAGGGGUGCCACGGUAAGGAGUGGUUUGGUUUGUCUUUUUAAUACUUGACUUGCUUUAUGGAUUAUUAAACUUGUAAAA